GGUAACCGAGUACAAAUACUUUGUUACUGUCCUUAAAUGGAUUAUUGAAAAACUAGUAAGAUAAUUAUUCGUAUAGCAUACAGGAGUGAUACUCAAUUAUAGAUAAAAUUAUCGCGUCGUAAAAUGAAACGGUAUAAAGCAAAAUGCACAUUAAAACCAAACCAAAGCCACACUCGAUGUGCGCGUUUGUUCGAAGGAUUACGGUGAACGGAUGUGACGUCACCCAGGCCCCAGCAUGCUUUGCGCGUCGCUCGACUGGGAAGGUGACACACGAAAGGAAAAGAAGAGUGAAGUCGUUUAGGAGGAGGACAACAAUGGCCUCCGCGUACCUCAGUCACCAGCAGAAAGUGCUGCGACUCUACAAGAAGUCCUUGAGGCACCUCGAGUCGUGGUGUAUCUUUCGCGACAAGUACCGCUUCUACGCGUGCCUGCUGCGCGCCCGCUUCGACGAGAACAAGGACGAGAAGGACAUGAUGAAGGCGACCGUGAUGCUGAAAGCCGGCGAGGAGGAGUUCUGGGACAAGCAGCACCCGCAGCCCUACAUCUUCCCCGACUCGCCCGGCGGAACCUCCUACGAGCGCUACGAGUGCUACAAGCUGCCCGAGUGGGUCCUGGAUCAUUGGCACCCGUCUGAGAAGGCCAUGUACCCGGACUACUUCGCCAAGAGGGAGCAGUGGAAGAAGCUGAGGGCGCUAAGCUGGGAUAAAGAGGUGGCUCAGCUGCAGGCCGAGACCCCGUCCGACGGGCCCAAGUCGGAGGCCCUCCCCCCGGCCCGCAAGGAGGGCGACCUGCCGCCUCUGUGGUGGCAGUACGUCACCCGCCCGAGGGAGCGCCCCACAUAAACGCCACAACCCCCCCCCCGCCCCUCCCCACCUGCUGUGGAAUUAGCGUCCGGAAAAACGUUCGACCUUGUCCGGAGGUUCGUGUUUUUUCGUUGCCCAGGACGACCUCCCGCUCCCGUUCCGACGGCGCCUUUAGGUGCGUGACUUAUUCCGAUAAAUAAACACAUGAAGAAGAAAAAGGAAAAAUGUUA